AUGCUGACUGCUGACUUGAUCCAAAUUCUAUCUACAUCCUUACCGCCCUCUCUCCCUCUCAUCACCUCUCUUGUUCCCUGCACUGCAGCUCUGCGGAGCAAGAUGAAGGAGCGAGCGCUCAAGGAGUGUGCGCGGGAGAUUGAGGCAUAUGCUGACUGUGUGCGUGGGCGUGUGUUCUCCAUCGUGUGGGCGUGCCGGGCACACGCCACGGAGCUCAAUCAAUGCCUGCACCAAUACACCAACGAUGCAGUGUUGGAUCAAUACAAGCGAGACUACAUGGCGCAGGAGCAGCAACUGCUGCAGGAGCAGGAACAGGAGAAGCAGAAGCAGCAGCAGCAGCAACAACAACAAUAA